CUCCGCCCAGUCAGGCCCAGCCCUGCUCCGCCUCCUGCCUGCGAGUCUUGCUGGUCGCGACUUGGCAAUUCCUGCUCGCAGGCUCUACCAGCCUUCCGGCCUGGGCAUCCGCCGUUUCUUAGCCAUGUCUCAGCACUUCUCCCUGGCCGCCUGCGACGUGGUCGGCUUCGACCUCGACCACACGCUGUGCCGCUACAACCUGCCCGAGAGCGCCCGGCUCAUUUAUAACAGCUUUGCUCAGUUCUUAGUCAAGGAGAAAGGGUAUGAUAAAGAGUUGCUGACUCUGACCCCAGAGGACUGGGAUUUCUGUUGCAAGGGUUUGGCAUUGGAUCUGGAAGAUGGGACCUUCAUUAAGCUUGCGGCUGAUGGCACUGUGCUCAGGGCAAGCCACGGCACCAAGAUGAUGACUCCAGAGGCGCUGAGCGAGGCCUAUGGCAAGAAUGAGUGGAGGCACUGUAUGUCAGAUAAACGCUGUGCGUCCAGCGCUGACAUUCCUUGCUGCUCAGGGAAGUGUUAUUUUUAUGAUAACUACUUUGACCUGCCAGGGGCUCUUCUGUGCGCCAGAGUGGUGGACUCUUUGACAAAGCAGAACAGAGGUCAAAAAACAUUUGAUUUUUGGAAGGAUGUAGUUGCUGGUAUACAACACAAUUUUAAAAUGUCAGCCUUUAAGGAAAAUUGUGGAUUCUUCUUUCCAGAAAUAAAACGAAAUCUGGGCAAAUAUGUGCACCGCUGUCCUGAGUCUGUAAGAAAGUGGCUUCAGCAGCUGAAGGAUGCUGGGAAAAUUACUAUGUUGAUCACCAGUUCUCACAGUGAUUACUGUAAACUUCUUGGCAGUUACAUCCUUGGGAAGGAUUUUGCAGACCUUUUUGACAUUGUGAUUACAAAUGCAUUAAAGCCUGGAUUCUUCUCACACUUCCCAAGCCAGAGGCCUUUCUACACACUCAAGAACGAUGAGGAGCAGGAUGAGCUGCCUUCUCUGGAUAAACCUGGCUGGUAUUCCCAAGGGAAUGCUGCCCACCUUUAUGAACUUCUGAAGAAAAUGACCAGCAAGCCUGAACCCAAGGUCGUUUACUUUGGUGACAGCAUGCAUUCAGAUAUUUUCCCAGCCCAUCACUAUACUAACUGGGAGACAGUCCUUAUUCUUGAGGAGCUUCAGGGGCAAGAAGUAGAGAAGCCUGAGGAAGCAGAGCCUCUGCAGAAAAGAGGAAAAUAUGAGGAGCCAAAGGUAAAGCCUCUAAAUUCCUUAUCUAAUAAAUGGGGCUCAUACUUUAUUGACUCAGCCUCGAGACAAGGAAAUGCAGAGGACUCCUUCGUUUAUACUUGGUCCUCUAAGAGAAUCAGCACCUACAGCACGAUUGCAAUUCCCAGCAUUGAAGCUAUUGCAGAGUUACCCCUGGACUACAAAUUUACAAGAUUCUCUACAAACAAUUCAAAAACAUCUGGUUACUAUCCAUCGGUCCAUUAUACCCUGAGUUCUCAAGACGACACAGACAGCAAAAUAAUCUUUACUGGAAAAUGAACCAACCAUAUGUGCGACAGACUUUUUAAAAUGUUAAUUUUCCAAAAAAAUUCACAUGAUUUAUAAGAACAAUUUUUUGAUGAAAAUUGACCAAAUGGAUACUUGUCAAUCUGUUUUUAUAAAAUAUAAUUUUAUAUAAAUCAUAUUAAUGUUUAACAGGUCUUGGUAUAUUAAAAUUUUUAGUACUAAUAAAGAACACUGCUAAUAUUUUCUAUACUGGUAGUUUUGAGGGUUCUCCCAAGAUGAAGAUACACACAUAUGCAAGCGUAUAUGUAUCCAUCUACCUAGGCCAGCAGAUUCUAAAGCUGGUCCACAGACUUAUAGCAGAACAACAUAGCAUUUGAAAAUGCAAAUUAGAAUGCCUCAUUCCAAACCUCCUGAAUGAGAAACUGGGAUAGGGCCCGGUGACGGCUUUUAAACAAGCCUUUCAGUGGCUCUGAUGCUCAACUAUGAUUUGAAGCCUCGUUAGUAAACCCUGUGUUGCAUAUUCAGUUUUAAUAUGUGCAUAUCAAAAAGUGUAACCAGAAUCGAUAGCCAACACCAGAGUCUAGUGAAACUAGUUUAUUUUUCCAAGCUAUCAGACUUUUUGCUAUUUUUCCCCAAAACACAUCAAAGGAGACAUGAUUUCUUAAGAUAAUAUAGCCUCAUUCCUUAGUAUUAAUUUCUCCCGUUAGGAAGAAUUUAAAUUUAUACCUGGUAAACUUAAGUUCCAGGGUUGCCCUUGGGAAGGAGAGUAACAAAUGGCUGAAAGAACCACUUACAGAAUUGUGUGGGUACAGGUCACGGUGUGUUGUGUCCGUGUGCUUUUGAUUAGUUAUGUUAGUAGCAUUUGCAGCAGAUCAUGUCUACACAAGAUGUUUAGAUUCAGUUGAUGUUUGUAAGUUCCUGGGUCCUCUUUUGCCUUCACAGUCCAUAAUAGGCAGGACUAGAAAACAUUACCAUCAUUUUUUUUCUUGGAAUUUAGCAUAUUAAAAUAUGCACUGAAAAAAAAUAUUUUCUUACAAUUUGUAAAGUUCAGAUAAAUCCCAACUGUACUAUUAGGAUGCAUUUCUCAGGGUAAUUGAAAGGAUACAGAAUUUUUUCCCUUAUUGUAUCUUUGAUGUUGACCAAUAAGUGUACAUAUACAAUGAUGUAUUUGAUAUCCAAAAUGUCAUUGGAGUGUUAUAAUGAGCAUGGGCAAUCAAGCUUAGGGCCAAAUAAAAGAUGCUAUUGUAUGCUUUAAGUAGAGAUUUCACUUUGCUUUAAAAUAAAGCUAUUUUUUCCUA